AUGACGGCGAUCGGCGAAACUCAGACGCUUGACGCAAUGGCCACUGGACACGAGUGGGAGGUUGACGGCGAGGGUAAGCGCUGUGGCUUGUGGCUGCGGCUGCGGCGAGACCACGAGAAGGGAGUCAAGGAAGAGAACGAACGAAAGCAGGCCGAGCCCAAGGGGAACUGGCGAUGCAAUGCAAACCGAUAUGGAAAAGCAAAACGAGAGCAGAAGCAGCACCUUGUGGGUUGCUCAGGUACGAAGGCAGUGUCCGAGAAAAGAUGGAGAUCGAACCGGGUGACUGCCUGGAACCCCGGCGUCAUGCCCUGGGCCCCGGUAAUAUUACGUUUGAAGCUGACGCAGCUCGGCGGUGCAGAUCAGCUCGUAUUACCGUAUGGAUACGACGGGAUCCACUGA